AAAAAGUUAUCUUGUCUGUUUUUGUGUUGGUUUCUUUAUUUAUAUAAUACUUCAAUUUAAUUUAUUUUACUACCCAUGCAUUUGGGGUGCACCAACGUUUGAGUUACAGACAGCAGCCAUUGCACUGACGGUUUCAAGUGAAAUCACUGUCUUCGUAGUAGUGAAAGCAUCAGCCUGAAAAGGGGUGGUGUGCUCCCUACGUGCAGUCGUUGCCUUUAGAAUUCACGGAAAACAAUGGAUAUUUAUUGACACAAAAGCAGGCAAAGUGCUGGAGACUGAUGUUCUGUGGGAUUACCAUAAAGGAGCGGCGAACGGGAAAUGUGAAUUAAUACCUUGGUAUUGGAAUUCUGUAAAUGCGUGCCGCGGUAGGACUGAUGCUGUCCCAUGGUAGCGUGGAGCCCGUAAUGUCACGUCCAGACUAUGAGCAGACGGCACUACAUCACGGCUGCCUUUUAGUGCUGCUACGGGGCGUGGGGCCGUCAAAGCCACGCACAUUGCAGCGUGCGUUCGAAAAAGUGCGACGUGUCAACAAUAUCAAAGUAAAUGAUUCAAGCGGCGCAACGCGUUCAGUGUGGGUUCGCUAUAUACAUGAUCACCCAGUGGAACACAACGACUGGGGUGAUUUUCAAAGUCAUCGACGGGUGCUGGGUCUAAUCACGAUUGGAAAGUUUGAGAAUCAAACGGAGCUCAAUGAGCUGUGUCGUCAGCACGAGUCGCUUAAGGUCCGCUAUGGCAGCACUUUGUACGAAACUCGUGCCAUAUUUGUUGGCCCCGAAGCGGAUGCGUCAAAUCAUACUGAUGGUGUUGAUGGUACUGUAAACGCUCACGCGCAACAACAAGAGCUGGAGACAAUUGGCGAACACUGUAACGAUGUUUCGACACCAACCAAGCCGCGCCUGCAAGAUGAAUACACAACGCCAUCGAAUUUCAAGGCGCAGGCGUUUUUUUAUCGUGAGCAGGACAGCUGUGCAGAUCUCGAACCGCGCAUAUGUGACUUUGUAAAUGCACUUUUUUGGGUGCUAGAAUCCCGUCGCUUGGAGCGCGCAAGGGAAAAACCUGAUAAAGUCAGUUUGUUGUUGGCGCCCUUCGAGAAACGUGACUUUGUCGGUCUGGACAUGGAGUCGCGCAAUAAUCGGAAACGCUGCGUAGGUCGGGUGAUGAAAAACUUGGCGGAUUUGUCACUACAAGCGGGUUUGGUGGAGGACUCUCUGAGCUUAUACCACAAUGCCAACGAAACUCUGCGCUCUGUGGGUGACUCGUUGUGGGUUGGCGCUUGCGAAGAGGGGUUAUGUUCUGCCUCGGCCAUGCUCUUAUAUCCACAACUACAUGAGAUGGAGACACUGCAUCGGAAUGCAUCGCUGCAGGAAGCGGGCACCUCACCGUUGCGUAAUAUGUCGGAAAAAUGGAGGGCCAGCGAUGCAACUAAAAAAGUAAACACUCCCGAUGCCAACAAUAUCAGCAACAAUAUGCUCAACAAUGUUGCGGACACACGCAUCACAUCCAAUUCAUCUUCCUGCUCAUCAGUAUCUUCCAUAUUGACUACAAAUUCAUCUGCAUCAGGCACCCCGACCACAUCCUCAUCCUCAACAUCGACCAUAUCGGCGGCUACCUUUGGACAUCAACAGCGCAAUGGGGAACUACCAGGCAAUAUACUCAAAGCGGAGGAGAUUACAAACUAUUAUCGAAAGGCAAUAAUUAAUUAUAGCAAGUAUCGACAUGCGGCCAUCAUUGAAACGGAGGCGGCUCUAAAAGCCACACGCGUUUGCAUUGAACAGAAUCGUCCAUUAGAUGUGGCCAUGUUUCUGCAAAAUAUUCUCUAUAUAAACCUUAGCAUGACGGAGGCCGAGCGUGUCAAGCGUUUCGAGAUUAUUACGGAACUCUAUCAGCAAAUAGGCUAUCAACGCAAGGCCGCAUUCUUUCAACGUUUGGCGGCACUAAAGCAUGUUCAACAGGGAAGCCAGGCACCCGACUGGAAUCAAAGCUACCGCCUGAUGUUGUGCAGCUUCACGGGGUAUUUACUUUCACUCGAUCCCCUGGAGGUGCUCGAAAAUGCAGCUGGUUGGCCCGCAUUGCAAAUUGAUUUGGUGCAGAGUCUGAUAACAGCGGCGCGUCGUUUGGGACAUUCAGCUUUGGCCACGCGACACAUGACGUUUUUGUUGCAGACGCAAUGGGAUAACAUGUCAUCAACGGAGCAAAGCGAAAUGGCUGUACAACUGCAGAACUUAAGCGCGCAAUGUGAAGGCUCGCCUGUGCCGCUAGUGCUGGAGAACGGGACUGUGAUACCACCCGCCAAUCUUACAGAUUUACCCUACUGCAUGGAGCUGCAGGUCAAAGAUUUGCCCGCGCAUUUGCGACCGCAGCGAAUAAAGAUUGCCAAAGCCGAUAGCGGUCCAUUUUUGUUUACGCCCAUACACCUUAAUUCCUUGGAUAGAAGGGACAAAAAAAAGGAGAAGAAUAAAAUUGCGUUCCAUUGGGUGCAAAACGACCUCAGUGAAGUUAGCGUGCGCUUGCGCAAUCCAUUGCCUUUCGAAUUGAUCAUCACGGACAUGCGCCUGCUUACCAAUGGAGUUGUGUUCGAAUCAUUGCCACAGACUAUAAUAUUACAACCGCAUGUGCCAACAAAUGUGUCGCUGCAUGGUACGCCGAUUGAGACUGGACAGCUCGAUCUCCAAGGCUAUAGCACACACACAUUGGGGGUGAAAUCUAAUUGCAGACUCAAGCAUAUGCGCGGACGCAGUUUUCCGCCAAACUUUUUAGUUGAUGUUAUACCCGCACUGCCGCGCAUUGAUGUAAAGACAUCGUUGCCCCAAACGGCAACAUUUAGUAACAUGAAUAGUGCUGAUAUUGUUGUGACCUCGGCCAGUUUGACACUUUACAAUGGUGAAUCGGCUAGUUGCACCAUAACCAUUACCAAUGAGAGCAGCACACUGCAAGUAGAGCAUUUCGAGCUCAACAUAAAUUCCAAUGUCGAUCAGGAGGUGCAAAAGAAAAUCUUUCGAAUUGAUGAAAAGGAUUUGCAGGACAAACUUCCUAUAGCGCCGUUAGCAUCGAUUAGUUUUGUGGUGCACAUAUAUGCUGAGGCUGAUUUCGUGUGUCCAAUACCAGCCGCUUCGCUACAUUCCACUGCUGCCGGUGGGGGAGAAUAUGGCCCCAGUUCACUAACGCAUUACUCCUCAAACUUGUCCACAUCGGGUCAUGCCAGCUUACCCUCGCGUGUUAGUUCACCUCAGCAUCGUCGUAUUGACCCACAAUGUGCCAGUUUUCGUUCCACCAUGUCCGCAGCUCAGCACUCUCUGGCAACAUUAAGUCUACAGCCAGCAAGUGGAACGGGCCCUCCAAGCAUUGGCUCACAAUAUACACAACAUAUUGAGGCACAGUUGCGGAUCAAAUACUCUGGCGGCGAGGCCUUGACUGCGGGCUACUGUCGCCAGUGUGCGGUGUCAUUCAAUUUGGAGCUAUUACCGAGUGCGCAAAUAACCAGUUGGGAUGUGCUACCUGCAGAGAUCGCAUCGCAAUUCUAUUUAGUUCUGGAUAUUUCUAAUCUUACCGCUCAAGAAAUGUCGCUCAACUACACGCAUAAUAAAAAUAUACUCAUCGAGGCUAAAGAAAGCUGUCGCGUGCCAAUCCCUGUGGAUCGUUGUUCGCUGGAACAAGUGUGUGCGGCACGCGCAGCUGAGUAUGCUGAGAAUAUGGAGCGUGAGCUUUGUUUUCGUACCCAGUUGCUUUCCUUUAGUGAUGCGCUUAGCAAAUUGUGCUCGACCCACAUAGCGGAGCGUGUCAAAAUAAAUUGGCUCUUGACCGGCACCGAUAUUCAAGGUAUUGCCUCAUUGCGGGGCAUUGUGCUGACUCAGGCCAUGAUUGAUCUGACCACCGUAUCGCCAUUACAAUGGUUCAUUAGCUUUCAAGAUACCCCCGUGCAGCAGCAUGGUGAAGUGGUUUGUGUAGUGGGUCAACACUCCAUGUUGAGCAUAAAAUUGUGCAAUCAGUCGCUGCAGCCAUUGACUAACCUGGAGCUCACCAUCAAGUUUUAUCAAGAUUAUUUGAAUGGCAUUGAGAACUAUAAUCUGGAGACACGGGUGGCUAUAUCUGGACCAAAUAUAAUUUCCAUACCGAUUUUAGAGAAGCAUGAGCAAACGCAGCACAUCUGCUCUGUGAUAUUCUUUACGCCUGGACGCUUCAAGACGAGCAUUGAAUGCGUCAGCAGACCGCAGAUAUCUACAAACGCAACAAAUGACGCAGCAUUACUAACACGUUCUUGUCCAGGCGCCACUAAUUUAGGUCAAUUAGAAACGUUGGCGUCAUCUCAACAGCCACAUCUAAACAUAAUGUUGGAGUCUAGCUAUGACGAACAGCAGACUCAUGUGUGGAAAUUUAUACCACCUAUUGAGGUGACCGUUGUUGAGCAGCAGUAAUUGUUAAUGUCUAUAGUUAAAUGUUGUUGUAUUAAUGUGUAUGUAACAAGCUGUUGUAAAUACUUAUCCAUUUAUAGCAUAUUUCAAUAGCAGUGGAAUAACCAAAUGCAUAUGUAUAUAUAUAUGUAAACUUAACUUUAUGGCAAAAUGAAAAGCAAUGGUUUUAAAUAUAAGCUACAUUAUGUGUGUAUGUGUAUUAUUAAGCUCAAAAUGAUGUUAUAAUGCUUUAUAUAUUGAGAAAAUCGCCAUAAUAUAUAUAUAUACAUAUAUAUACAAAAUGCAGCAGGCAUUUACUGUAUUAAAACAGAAAUGGAGUCGUGCGGGCCCGACUCUUAGAAACUCAACAGCCACUUCAAAAAAAUGUAUUUUAAUAAAUUAAAAUUAAUUAGAUACAAAUAAUAAAAAUCAUAUACCGUCAA